AUGAAGGUGGUAAUAGUCGAUAGCUACAUGAUGGUGGUAAUAGUAGAUAGCUACAUGAUGGUGGUAAUAGUCGACUGCUACAUGAUGGUGAUAAUAGUCGAUAGCUACAUGAUGGUGGUAAUAGUAGAUAGCUACAUGAUGGUGAUAAUAGUCGAUAGCUACAUGAUGGUGGUAAUAGUCGAUAGCUACAUGAAGGUGGUAAUAGUCGAUAGCUACAUGAUGGUGGUAAUAGUAGAUAGCUACAUGAUGGUGGUAAUAGUCGACUGCUACAUGAUGGUGAUAAUAGUCGAUAGCUACAUGAUGGUGGUAAUAGUAGAUAGCUACAUGAUGGUGAUAAUAGUCGAUAGCUACAUGAUGGUGGUAAUAGUCGAUAGCUACAUGAAGGUGGUAAUAGUCGAUAGCUACAUGAUGGUGGUAAUAGUAGAUAGCUACAUGAUGGUGAUAAUAGUAGAUAGCUACAUGAUGGUGGUAAUUGUAGAUAGCUACAUGAUGGUGAUAAUAGUAGAUAGCUACAUGAAGGUGAUAAUAGUAGAUAGCUACAUGAAGGUGGUAAUAGUAGAUAGCUACAUGAAGGUGGUAAUAGUAGAUAGCUACAUGAUGGUGGUAAUAGUAGAUAGCUACAUGAAGGUGGUAAUAGUAGAUAGCUACAUGAAGGUGGUAAUAGUAGAUAGCUACAUGAUGGUGGUAAUAGUCGAUAGCCACAUGAUGGUGGUAAUAGUAGAUAGCUACAUGAUGGUGGUAAUAGUAGAUAGCUACAUGAUGGUGGUAAUAGUAGAUAGCUACAUGAUGGUGGUAAUAGUAGAUAGCUACAUGAUGGUGGUAAUAGUCGAUAGCUACAUGAUGGUGGAUAUAGUCGACUGCUACAUGAUUGUGGUAAUAGUAGAUAGCUACAUGAUGGUGGUAAUAGUAGAUAGCUACAUGAUGGUGGUAAUAGUCGAUAGCUACAUGAUGGUGGUAAUAGUAGAUAGCUACAUGAUGGUGAUAAUAGUAGAUAGCUACAUGAUGGUGGUAAUAGUCGAUAGCUACAUGAUGGUGGUAAUUGUCGACUGA